UCCAAAUGGCUAGAAACUGAUUUUACUUUUUAACCGCUUUCCCCGACAGACUCCAAUAACGAUAAUAGUAUGGUAAAAGCUUGUGUAAUGGAUAUUUCAAGGUCCAUUUUUGACGCCGUAGGCUUCCAGUUUGAAAAACUUGCAGCGACAUACACAAGGGAUAGUUUCGCUACUGUUAAAGAGGCAAUUGCAUCAACAGAAGAAGGAGGAGAAGGAGAAGAAAUUGAGGAAACUCAUGACAAUCUCUCUCAUGACGAAAUUAAAGAGAGUAUUCCUUUGAUACUAUUACAAGUUGAAUGUCUUUCCUUAGUCCUCAAACUGUGGCUCCGUCGAAUAAAUUUACUUCAACACAGUGAUAAAGAGCAACUAAACAGGCUUCAGGACCUAGAACACGUAAUCCUCACUACCCAAGAGUCUGUAAUCAAACCGUAUAAGAAUUUCUUGGUAUCAAACCAAGACAAAGACUUAACGGAUCUGUUGUUAGAACCGAUGUUCCACAUUUAUCCGGAGAUUCUUGAAGAGAAGUUGACCAAAUUAUCGAUUGAGAAGGCAAAAGUAAACUUUGAAAUUUUAGAGGAAGAUAACGUAAGAAUGAAGCGAGAAACAGUGCGCGUUUGCUCUUACCUUGGACUCAAACUUGAUUUCCUCGACCGUCUAGAAGAUUACUCAGCCAAAUUUCGAUAUCACAGAACACUGUUUGAAUGGGUGGUCAUUUCAUUGCGGAAGAACUAUGCCACUUUAACUUUAAGAGACAAGAACUCUUUAAGCAAGGAACUGCUUGAUCGUAUCGGUUUCGAUCCGCUGAGUUCGGCCGCCGACAUAAGUUUGGCUCGCCCAUGUACUGACACUGUUCAAAAACAUCUCGUAGAUCCAGGCGAGUGGGCUGAGAUCUACAUUGAAGACGAGUUCAAAUACAACAUUUUACUUUCAAAGAAUAAGGGAAGGUUUCCCUUUCAAAGCGAUAAAACAAAUGAAUGGUUUGAGCUUCCUAUAUCCGAGUGCAAGUUGUACGACGGUGAUCCACUUUGUAAUGUUUUUGCCGCUAAUCUUUUGACGAAGGAGAAUGAAACCUUAAUCAUGACUACAUACAUGUUGCGUAAGUUUCCCGAGGGGAAGCACACCUUUUUGUUUCACGGUACCGAUCAUGAAAGUGCGCUUGAUAUCUUAAACGGUUGUGGUAUUCAUUUAUCGGCAGGAAAGGAGAAACGAGAUUUUAGCUCUGGGAAAGGCUUUUACCUGACAGACAAAAUCGAGGAUGCUUUGAAGUGGGCUAAAAGCAAGACGGUGAGGCCAGCCAUCUUGGUAUUUCGCCUAAACGCUCACGGUGGCGUGUCCUCCAACAACAAGACACGAAAAUUAACUUUGAACGCGCAGGAAGACUUGGACAAAUGGCGCGAUAUCGUGUCUUUAUUCAGGUCAGUAAAGCAAACAGCAAAGACACGGCAGAUUAUAAGCGAGUACGAUUUUAUCGAAGGUCCAGUCGCAACAGUCGGGAGCCAAACGAACGGCCAUUUAGUCUUUGAGCCAAAACCUUUAUCUUACCAGAUGUGUUUGAUUUCAGAAGACUUUGCAGAACAGUUUCGAGAAAGUCUUCACUCUAUUUUGUUCUACUAACUCAGGGUUAGAUAAAGGCUGCGUUUAUUUCAAACUGAAAAGGUUGAGCUGUUUUAUGGGGCUUCGAGUGUUUUGCUUGAACAGUGGUAAAUAUGAGAAAGAUUAGAUUAAAAGAAAAAAAAAAACUGCCCAAGAGUGAAGUGAGGAACAGAGUACUUGUGCUUUUACUUGGACUCAAAAUCGAUUUCCUCAACAAUCUUGAAGAUUCGUCAGUGGAAUUUGGAUAUAACAGGAUAAUGUUUAAAUUGAGAUUUUGAUCAUGGGCGAAUACAUGUUUCGGAUGUUUCGCGAUCGCGACAGUACGCUUUACCGUUUUACAGUUCAGAUCAUGAAAGUACGCUCGCUAUCUUUAAAGUUUUGGUAUUUAUUGUCGCGAGGAAAGGAGAAUCGGGACUUUAGCUAUAUAUGUGUGGAAGGUAGAGUAACACAUUUGAUGAGAGGAUGCAAUUUGCGAUCAACUUGGCAAAUGUAAUCGAUUACGAAGAUUCGCCAGGCUUAACUGUAGAAUAAUUUUUAAAGGAAUUAAAGAGGAAGCAGUGCCCGAUCGGGCGACUGCUCGAGUUCUAGUUAAAGGCUGAGUUUUAUUAACAAGGAAUAUAUCAGGUCUCGGGAUUUAAUGAGUAUAAAAACAAUUAAAUUCUUUCACACCGAACCUCUAGUGACUUUAAGUUCAUUUAAGAUUUCUAAGGAAAAAUAGAACAUAUUUAUUCUGCGUGGAAACCUUUAUCUCCGAGGAAUAAGAAUUCAAAACGGAGCAGUGCAAUACAUACUGUUGUAGCUAUUGUUAAGUGCUCCAUUGCAUGAGUAUAGCAGGUAUUUAUAUUAGAGCCCUUAUGUAAAAUAACUUUGGAAUAAAUGACU